AUGGACCAGAAGGAAGUGGUCCUUCUCCUUCUUUUAUUUCUGAAGUCGGGUCGAGGGGACCCCCUGGAUGACUAUGUAAACACCCAGGGAGCUUCGCUGUUUAGUGUCACAAAGAAACAGCUCGGGGUGGGAAGCACAGACGAAUGUGCCACCAAAUGUGAGGAGGAAACAGAAUUCGUUUGCAGGUCAUUCCAGUACCACAGUAAAGAGCAGCAGUGUGUGAUCAUGGCUGAAAACAGCAAGUCUUCUGGCAUCAUUCGGAUGAGAGAUGUCAUUUUAUUUGAAAAGAAAAUGUAUCUUUUGGAGUGCAGGACCGGGAACGGAAAGAACUACAGAGGGACAACGUCCAAAACGAAAACUGGUGUUGUCUGUCAAAAAUGGAGUGCCAGUUACCCCCACAGGCCUAACUAUUCACCUACCACGCACCCCUCAGAGGGACUGGAGGAGAACUACUGCAGGAACCCGGACAAUGACGAACAGGGGCCCUGGUGUUACACGACGGAUCCGGACAAGAGAUUUGACUACUGCGACAUUCCUGAAUGUGAAGAUGAAUGCAUGCAUUGCAGUGGAGAAACUUACGAGGGCAAAAUUUCCAGGACCAUGUCUGGACUUGAAUGCCAGGCCUGGGACUCUCAGAGCCCACACGCUCAUGGAUACAUUCCUUCCAAAUUUCCAAACAAGAACUUGAAGAUGAAUUACUGUCGUAACCCUGAUGGGGAGCCCCGACCAUGGUGUUUCACCAAGGAUCUCAGCAAACGCUGGGAGUUCUGUAACAUUCCCCGCUGCACAACACCACCACCAUCUUCUGGUCCAACACACCAGUGCCUGAAGGGAAGAGGUGAAAGCUACCGAGGGAAGGUGGCCGUCACCGUAUCUGGGCAUACCUGUCAGCGCUGGAGUGAACAGACCCCACACAAGCACAACAGGACACCGGAAAAUUUUCCCUGCAAAGGUUUGGAUGAAAACUACUGUCGUAACCCUGAUGGAGAAACAGCUCCAUGGUGCUAUACGACCAACAGUGAUGUGAGGUGGGAAUACUGCAAGGUACCAUCCUGUGGGACCUCUCUAGUGUCCACGGAUCAUCUGUACACCACAGCACCACCUGAGCAAACCCCUGUGGUCCAGGAGUGCUACCAGGGUGACGGACAGAGUUAUCGAGGCACAUCAUCCACCACUAUCACAGGAAAGAAAUGUCAGUCUUGGUCGUCAAUGACACCACACCGACAUGGGAAGACACCGGAAAACUACCCAAAUGCGGGCUUGACACUGAACUACUGUAGGAAUCCAGACGCUGAUAAAAGCCCUUGGUGUUAUACCACCGAUCCAAGUGUCAGGUGGGAGUUCUGCAAUCUGAAGAAAUGCACAGAAACAGAAGAUCAUGUCGUGGGUCCUCCGACUAUUGCCCAAGUCCCAAGUGUAGAGACUACCUCUGAACCAGACUGCAUGUUUGGGAAUGGCAAAAGCUAUCGGGGCAAGAAGGCAACCACAGUGGCUGGCACUCCAUGCCAGGAAUGGGCUGCCCAGGAGCCCCACAAACAUAACAUCUUCACUCCAGAGACAAACCCACGGGCGGGUCUGGAAAAAAACUACUGCCGUAAUCCUGAUGGUGAUGUCAACGGUCCCUGGUGCUACACGACGAAUCCGAGAAAACUUUUUGACUACUGUGAUGUCCCUCAGUGUGCGUCCUCUUCAUUUGACUGUGGGAAACCCCAAGUGGAGCCGAGGAAAUGUUCUGGAAGGGUCGUAGGAGGGUGUGUGGCCCACGCACAUUCUUGGCCCUGGCAAAUCAGUCUUAGAACACGGUUUGGAACGCACUUCUGUGGAGGCACGUUGAUAUCCCCGGAGUGGGUGCUGACUGCCGCCCACUGCUUGGAGAAGUCCUCAAGGCCUUCAUAUUACAAAGUUAUCUUGGGUGCACACCAUGAAGUGAAUCUUGAACCGGAUGUUCAGGAAAUAGAAGUGUCCAAGCUUGUUUUGGAGCCCACACGAGCAGACAUGGCCUUGCUGAAGCUGCGCAGCCCCGCUGUCAUCAACGACAAGGUCAUCCCAGCUUGUCUGCCGGCCGCAAACUACGUGGUCGCUGACCGCACAGAGUGUUACAUCACGGGCUGGGGAGAGACCCAAGGUACCUCUGGUGCCGGCAUUCUCAAGGAAGCCCAGCUGCCUGUGAUUGAGAAUAAAGUGUGUAAUCGCUUCGAGUAUCUGAACGGAAGAGUCAAAUCGACUGAGCUCUGCGCUGGGCACUUGUCUGGAGGCACUGACAGUUGCCAGGGUGACAGCGGAGGGCCUCUGGUUUGCUUCGAGAAGGACAAAUACAUCUUACAAGGAGUCACUUCUUGGGGUCUUGGCUGUGCACGCCCCAAUAAGCCAGGUGUCUAUGUUCGUGUUUCAAGGUAUGUUACUUGGAUUGAAGAAGUCAUGAGAAAUAAUUAA